AUGCAAAUCCGUGUGCAGUUGGUGGGCAUUCCUAAUCUCCUCUCGUUCCUUCGCCGCCCGAUUCGUCUCCCACCACGAAACCACUGUCCUCGAACCGCCGCUGAUUCUCCCAGGCAAUCCUCAACAGGUCCUGAAUUUCCUCCCGGCGCCGGACGAAAUCCGGAGGAAGCUCCGGGUUCUCGACUCGUCUCACGACCUGAUUCUGUGCGGGACGGAGGAGAAGGUGAGGAAUUCCGAAAUGGGGAGAACGUUCGUCGUCUGCAAUCCCUUCACGAAGCAGUGGGUCGCCCUCCCUCUGGCCCCCGAGAGGAAAACCAGGUACGAACGAUCGAUUGUCAGAUUAGUCUUCGGACCCGGGAAGUUUUGUACGAAUUUGAACCAAGGAUUCAUGGUAGUUUGUAUGUAUGUGGACGGGAUUGA